AAGGAUUAUUAUUAUUAUUAUUAUUAUAUGCCGCAUUGUGGACAGAAAAUGACAGCAAAUUUCAAAGUGUCAAAAGUCGAGUGAGUUUUUGGGAAAUAACUUUUGACAGGAAGGCGCUAGAGAAAAACGGUUUGCACCGUUGGACUUGGGGUUGAAUUUCAAGUCGGACUGAUGUGUUUUGGAGACAAUUGGAGAGUAGCUGUCAGAGGCUGUCCCACCUGCACCAUAUAUGCCGCAUUGUGGACAGAAAAUGACAGCAAAUUUCAAAGUGUCAAAAGUCGAGUGAGUUUUUGGGAAAUAACUUUUGACAGGAAGGCGCUAGAGAAAAACGGUUUGCACCGUUGGAUUCGGGGUUGAAUUUCAAGUCGGACUGAUGUCUCUCCUGGAUGGGAAGACUUCCAUGAAAAUGAUCCCCUCACUAGCAGGCAUUCAUGCCCCCAGCAGGCUCUCAUGGCAGGGGAAAGAAUUGACAAUUGGGAACUUAGACCCUUCAAUUGUAAGUGAUGCCAAAUGUCAGAAAAUAAGGAACUGAGCAUUUUCUGACAAAUGGCGACACCUACAAUGGGGGGGUCACUGUUCCUAUUUGUCAGACUGGGCCUUAGGCUAGGAACAAUUACCAAAUCCCCCCAUUUUAUAAACUUUACACAUAUAUAUAAAUAUACAAGAUGUAAAUCUACAUAUACAGUACUAUACACACACACUAUAAACUUAUACACAUAUAGUAUAAGUGCAUAUAUAUAUAUAUGUGUACUAUGUGUAUUUAUACUAACCUACAACAUAAAUAGGAAAACAACAUAAAAGAUAGCAACAAUUACUGCUAAUCUCUAUAGUCGACCCAGCAGAAACAUUUCACUGUGAUCACCUGCAGACCUUCAGUUCUCUCUUAGCGCUUGACUUCUUCACUUGGUAAGUGUGCAUAAUACAUUCCCUGAAAGUUUCAUUCAAAUCUAGGGGAACUUACAAAUGCAAGAAACGGGCUUGGCAUCACACACAUUAGACAGUAAAAGCCCCAUUAAUUCAAAAAUUCUUGUAAAACUGUUUGGAAAUUGCUAUUGCAAAAAAGAUUUGAAUCUAUGAAUUGCAGCUUGUAACGGCAUACUAUGUUAUGUACUGACUUUCCUUUCUGCAAGUUGUCUUUAGCAGAGUGUCUUUUUCAGAUAAUGGCUGACUCAAGUGGAGUGGAAGAAGGCAGCGACUUCAGUCCAGCAUCGACCGUAUGGCUGUCGCGGACAGAAAGUGACUUCAGGGUGACCUCAGAUGAGGAACACCACCAGCCUGUGCCUCGUCCUCCUCCUCCUCCUCCUCCUCCUCCUCCUCCUCCUCCUCCUCCACCUCAUCCUGAAUUAGUUGAGGAUGAUGAGAACUAUUUUGCAGACGAUGAGUAUGACCCCAUGGAAGGAGACUGAUGUUUUUUUAUUUAUAUAGUUUGGUGUAGGUGAAGAUCUGUUUUUUCAGUUUUGUUCAAAUAAAUUUGAAAAACAAAUCUACUAAUCUUCUUG